UUGCCUGCAAAUUUGCCUUCUUUUCGGCCGAGUGCGGGGUUUACGUCGUGUUUUGCUUGAAAAGUGUUGCGGCUUUGAGGUGAAAUUUUGGUGUGAAAUUGUGGAAAAUUUGGAGCGCGAAACACGUGUUGUGAAGCCGGUGAGCAGCUGGAAUUGUUUUAUAAGGCAUUGAAUUGUAAAUUUCCCGGAACGAAAUGACCGUGGCCAGCAAACAUAUCAACGAUUUGCCGACAGAGGUAAUCUGGCACAUUCUGGACCAGCUGCCGGUCCGCGAGCGGAUUCGCCUCUCGGUGGUGUGCAAACGCUGGGACGAGAUCGUCCUGCGCAGCAGCAGCAUCGUGUUCAUGCCCCACACCAACAGCAACCAGCUGUCCCGGCUGCUCAAAACGAUCAACCAGUCGAACCGGAUGUACCGCCGGGUGGCGCUAACCUCAAUGAUCAAACACGACGAGAAAGAGUUUGGAGAGUUGUGUUUGGCCGCGGCCCGAAAGUUUGGCAAAUCGCUGCAGUACCUGGUCAUAAACGGAAUUGAUUUGCGCAAGAGCACGCUGCUUCAGGUGCUGAACUCGUGCGGGAACUUGAAGGAGUUGAUACUAGACGUAAGGAUUGUACAGACGGAGCGGGACAGCCGGAAGAUGACGGUGGCGGAGUUUCCCGUUCUACCUCACCUGCAGCACAUAUCGUUUGCGACAUACUACAAUAUCUCCCCGUUUUACGAGUGCUUCCAGUCGUCCGAACUCGUGCCAAGUUUAACCAGCUUGAAGUUUCGCGGGGUCUACCUGAAGGCGAUACCGUUCCUGGAGAAUCUGGCCAAGCAGCUGACCUUCCUGGUGGUUGAGUGUGACCAUCGAGAAACUCUGCAAGCACUGUUUAAGCUGCGACCACUUCAACUCAAGUACUUUGCCCUGACGGUCAAGUACACAAUCCUGGACGAUCGGUUGGAUGACGUUGUGCCGUUCUUCGCGGCUCUCGCCAAUCUGGAGAAGGUGUCGAUCGCGUCCAAAAUGGAACCCCAGCUGGGCGAGUGCCUCUACCAGACCAUCUACGAUACCUGCGCCAAGUUGGAGACCCUGCGGCUGGUCAACCCGGAAAAUAACCCAGUCCUGGUGGUAAACAAAGAUCUCCAGAAGCUGUCCCGACUGCAGUGUUUGGAGCUGUCCGGGAAUAAUCGUAAACCUGCGGUUCUGAUGCCCAGCCUGGAGCGGUUACGGAUAGAGUUCAGCACGACCGGAGUGGAGUACUACCGGGAGAUUCAGAGUGCCAUGCCGAACCUGACCGUGCUGGAGAUAUUCGAGGAUGACCGAUUCACCGAUCGCUGCCUGGAGGAGGUCUGCUCGACGGUGCCCAACAUCAAGAAGCUGGUGCUGUUCAAUUGUAAAAAUAUCUCCUCGACGGCGUUCGCCCAUCUCUGCAAGCUGCACAAGCUGCGCGUGUUCGAGCUGAUCUACAACUCGGUCGAGAACCGGGUCAUGUUCGAGUUCUUCCGCCAGUUCCCCCCGGUGCCGAACCGGCUCGAUCGCUUCCUGAUCGCCGGCAACGUGCGCAUCCGCCUCACCAACGUGGUCCACAUCCUGGACUCGAUGCCGAACCUAAAGGUGCUCGAGAUCGCGUCGUCGAUUCACGUUCCGGCGCCGCGCCGGCCCAAAACCAAGACUGAAAUCAUCUUCUCCAAGCCGUACCAGAAGUCGUACUCGCGGUGCCGGAUGCUGCGGGAGAUCAAUCGGCUCUGAUGGGAAGAGAAGAGUGAAGGGGAGUGUUUGUUAAAAAUGUGAUUAAAUUGUAACGGAUGGAUCUCAACGGCGGUGGCCCGAUUACCUGAUUAGAAGAAGACCUUCAAUAUCAUUGUGUCUGUGACCAUUGAA